CUUACAUAGACAAGGGCAUGCGAUAACCACGGCGCCCCUUCCUGUGUUGCGCGCGCCGCUGAGGCCCUGUGAGUGGUGGGCGCAAGGGCCUCCUCCCUGGUUGGUUGGUCCGCUUGUUGGUUUUUUCUUUUCCUUUGAAUCAUCCAAUUUAACUGAAUCCGUCGAAUGUAGUUAUUGGCUCCCACAAUUCAAGGUAUGACUCUCCAGAUUAUUCGAAUAGGUUGAUUAUGCUAGUUAAUUUUCUAGGGUUCUGGCGAUUUCAGCCGAUCUGAAGCAGGAAUCAAUACGGUCACUGAUCCUGUAUUUUUGACCAUGGCACCGAUUUCAUAGAAGUUCUUCACACAAUCUCUCUCUGUGAUACUGCCACACACACACAGACGGAGGAAUGGCAACAGCCCAAAACUGGUCAGAGCUUCCGGUGGACUUGUUAGACCAAAUUGCUAAGCCUCUCAUUCUCUAUGCCGACUAUAUUCGAUUGCGAGCUGUUUGCGUUUCAUGGCAAUCUGCUCUACCAAAGAUACCCAACCACCUACCUCGCCAAUUCCCACUUCUGAUGAUCCCCAAUGAAAAGGAAAGCGAUACACACCGUGACUUCUUCAACCUUGCCGAGAACAAGUACUAUCGAUUCGAUUUUCCCUUUGAGGUUCAUAACAAGGUCCUUUGUGGAUCAAGCCAUGGUUGGUUGGUUACAUUUGAUCCAAACACUUUAUCCAUUAGCCUCUACAAUCCUUUCACCAAAGCCCUUAUAAAGCUUCCAUCUUUUCCUGCAUUUGAUUAUGAAGAGAUAGAAUAUCUGAAUAAGGUUGUGUUGUCUUCAAGUCCUUCUUCUUCUGAUUUCGUUGCAAUAGCUGUGAUUAAAUAUUCUAGGAAUAUGAGAUUCUGCAGAUGUAGAGACGAAAGUUGGGCUAUUUUAAGAGAACCCAAUGGAGUUCCAUUAUGUUUUUUCGCAGACAUUAUAUUCUAUAAGCAGCAAAUUGUUGCUGUGAGAUUUGAUGGAGAAGUUGUGAUAAUGGAAGUCAUUGAUAAUAAUGGAAAUUCUAUUCCUAAGAUUAAGAUUAACCAGAUACUGGUACCACCAUAUUCAAUCACUUUUGAUGAUACUAUUCAUCUAGUGGAGUCUGAUGAUGAACUUUUCAUUGUUAGUCGUUUGGUGGGCUUCACUCACACGGAUAACUACUUCAAUUACCAUUGUAUAGCAACUGGGUUUUCUGUUUAUAAGCUAGAUUUGAGCAAGAACAGUAAAGGGGUUGUAAAUGCUGAGUAUUCUGAAGUGAAGAGCUUAGGUGACAGAAUGCUUAUUCUGGAUGUGGGUCCAUCUUCAUAUUUCUCAACCCAUGAUUUCCCUGGAUGUAGAAGAAACUGCAUAUAUUUCACUGAUGAUCUCUGGACUGGUCACUGGGAGGGACUCGCCUGCGAGAGCUGUGUUGCUCUGUUUGACAUGGGAGAUAAACGGAUUAAGCCAUUGCCAUGUUAUCCUCAAGAACUCUUUUCGCCGCCUUCAGUUUGGGUUACACCCAGUCCUAUUUAAUCUUAUCCGAGUUUCCCUAAAACUUUUCUUCCUACACUUGAUUAAAUUUUGUAGCAUCUUCAUAGUUUAGUAGAUGAAUUAGGAUUUUGAUAUAUAUCUUGGUUGUUCUUCCUGUUAGUUAACAUGUCUGAUUCAUGUUAUAUUUACUGAAAUUAAUUAAAACUGUAUUGAAUUUAUAUUUUGUUAUGUGAAAGGUUAGGUGAUAUCAGGCUUGUUCUCAGCUCUUAUUUACUUGUUUGCUGUUCUUGAAAACAGAAAAUUUGCUUUUGAGAGACGACGAGUUUGAGCAGAGAUACACUCAUACAUGUUAAAAAACUAGGGUUCUAAUUAUACAUUUUCAAAGCCCUCAUAAAGUGGCAUCUUCUUCAUUACCAAACACUUCUCACUAGCUCCAAAAUAAAAAAAUAAAUAAAUAAAUUCUUUCUUCUUACAACCUCACACUUUAAUCCGGAAAGCGAUACAUGCUGUGACUUCUUCAGGCUUGCUAAGAACAAGCCCUAUUGCCUCCUUGACUUUCCCUUCAAUGUCCAUAGCAAGUUCCUCUGUGGAUCAUGCCAUUGCUGGCUGAUUAUAUUCAAUGACACUUUAUCUGUUGGCCUCUUCAGUGCUUUCACCAAAGCCCACAUAGAGCUUCCAUCCUUACUUGCAUAUGGUUCUGAAAUUGAUUCUGAAGGGUUAGAAUCUUUAAAUAAGGUUGUGCUGUAAUCAAGUCCCUCUUCUUCUGAUUCAUGGUAUUCUGCAGAUGUGGAGACAAAAAGAUGGACUGUAUUGAAGGAACAACCAGCAGAUAUCAUAAUUUCAUUCACAGACAUCAUAUUCUCUAAGCAGAAAAUAGUUGUUGUGAGAGUACAUGGAGAAGUUUUCAUAAUGGAUGUCAUUUUGGUGGCUAUGGGCUCAUGGAGCUUGGAUGACUACAGCGAUGACCAUUAAAUAAUAAUUGGGUUUGUUGUCUAUAAGCUGAAUUGGAGCAGGAACAGAGAAGGGGUUAUAAAUGCUGAAUGGUCUGUAGUGAAGAGGUGCUGGAUACUCUUUUCUGGGUUUGGGUCCAUCUUCAUAUUUCUUGACCUAUGAUUUCCCUGGAUGUAGAGGGAACUGCAUAUAUAUCACCAAGGAUCUCUGGAGUAGCCACUUGGAGGGACUCACCGGAUGGGGUUGGUUUGUUCGACAUGGGAGAUAAAUGGAUUAAGCCAUUGUCAUGGUAUCCUCAAGGACUCACUUGGCCUCCAAUUUUGGUUAUACCCAGUCCUAUUUAAUAUAUCUCAGUUUCCCGAUAGUCAAGUAGAUGACUUUGGAUUUUCAUAUUUUAUCUUUGGUUAUUCUUGUCAAUAAAAAUCAAUAAAAAUGUCUGAUUCAUGUUAUAUUUA